GCUCGGCUGCUCGCUAGGUCGCGCCUCCCACCUUUCCGUGGCCGCGGGGGAAGAGCUGAAGUGGUUCCAGAACUCUUGGUCGACGAAGGGCGGCGUGUUCGCGUCAGUCUGUACGCGCAGUCAGUCAUUGCUGGCGCCCGGCCUGGCCAUCGCGGACGCGAGCCCGCACGCGUUGGCGACUGGGGUCGUUCUCGACGUCGGCACGGCUGCGCUCGAGCAGAAGGCGGGACCAGCCUUUCGUAAGCAGGGUGCAGAGGUUGAGGUUCUCAGCAGUUUCGGGCUUUUCGCCGCCAGGCCCAUCUCUGGUUGCAUCCCGUCCCCACGCGCGGCUUUAGCCUGA